AUGGCUAUGUCUAGGACGCACUCAUCUCCAAGAACUACGAUGCUUGGUGAAAUACCAACCAAUACCAAUAUUCGGAUUAAUGACACGAAACUAAAAUUAACACACUCUCCCGCCCGUUCUGCUGCAGGUAAUGAAAAUGAGGUUAGUGAUAAUGAUCAACCUCCUAUGAAACGUAUAAAAAUGGACAGUAUACCAAUUCUAACGCGGCCUGAUGGUAUUGGUAUGGUAUCUUCUCCGGAACCGAUUGAAAUGCUGGAUGGUGCAGAGAACUUUCAGUUAACUAGUCCCAUAAGAAGGUCUCAUAAUAAUGCAGCACAUGAUCAGGAUCAUGUGGAUCAACAAGACAUGCUAGAUAUUCAGGAUGAUAUAAAAAAGGCGGAUACUACAGCGUUUGAAGAUACUGAGGUGGGAGGUUUUGAAAAGAUGACUCCGAUCAAGGCGAUGGCUGAAAGUGUGCCUAAGAACCUUAGUGAGGAGCUUCAUAAGAUGCAGGAUGUCGAAGUCUGCGAAGGAGAGUCUGCUACCAACAAGGAUGGGGAUAUUCAAGGUACUUUAGAGGUUACUGGGGACGAUUGGGUUCGCCUUGGCAAGAUCCUUGAAAGGAAAAACGAAAAGAUACAGCAACUAACUAAGGAUGUUCGCGAGGUACAGGAUCAACUCUGGGAACUUACUAAGUCCAAGGAGUCCCUGGAGGUUUCAUACUGUAUGCAAGGAGAAAAGCUGAGGGAAUUGAAGCAGAUUGGAAGCAGUUAUGAAGAGCUAGUACAGAAGUUUGAUGAAGCGACGAAUUUGAAAGAGGCUCUAGAAGCAAAGGCUGAGAGACUUCGGGCUCGCGGAUUGGAGCUGAAGAAUGAGUUGACAAUGGCAAUGCAGAACUCGCAGAUAUUGAAGGAGAAGUACGAGGCGCAGGCGGCUAAAAAUGAGGAGUUGGAACAGCAAGUCUCAAGCAACGCGGAGAUAAUUGAGACCUAUCAGGACAGGUUGAAGCACUCAGAAGCUGAGCUCGAUGGCAUGAAAAUAGAGAUUGAUGAGCUGAACGAAAAGCUUGCUACUGCAGAAGAGCAAAUGGUAAACUAUGAGGAUAAAGUCAAGGAAGAGCAAGCUAGGGCUCAAGAAUUGGAAGCAAGCCUUGCAGAAAAAGCGCAACAGGUAGAAGAGUUGAACAAGACUAUCGCUCAGUCGAAAGAUGCGAGAGACAAGUCUUCCUCAGAGUUGCAAACCAAGAUUGAAGAACUAAACAAAGAAAACAGCAUAUUGGAGAGGGAAUACAGCAAACUGCUAAAAGAUUACGAGGUUGAGACUAAAGAACUAGGCAGCCAAAUUGCUAAGCUAACAGAGGAAUUGGCAUCAACCAAUGCCAACAGCGAAAAGUAUGCAAAUGACCUAGAAAACCUACAAGUUCAAAACUCCGACUUGCAAUCGCACGUAAACGAACUAGAGGCGCAAUUAGAAGAAUCAAAUAACGAGGUUGUCAGCAAGCAGGGAGAAAUAAGUGAACUAACAGGCAUGCUUCAGGAACUGCGUGAAUCCGAAAAAUACCUCCAAGAAACUAUUAACAACAAUGAGCAGCUCGUAGCGGAUAUUCAGGCAAAGCUUGCUAAAAAGGAAGAAGAAUUGAAGCUCCAGCACGCUGAAUACGAAAGUGUGCUGUUCAAAAACGGUAAUAUGGAGGCAGAGCAUCUCGCUGAGCUUGAACAGCUCCACGAAAACAUGGCGAAGUUCCAAGGUAUGAUCGAAUCUCUCAGCGCUGAAAACGACAGUCUCAAAGAGAAACUCUCUUCCUCGAAACAGCCCGCGGCCCCUCAAAGCAAUCCAUCUUCUCCACAGCAAUCUAAUACCCAGCUCCAAGAACGCAUCACCGCUCUCGAAGCUCAACUCGCUGAAAAAGACAAAGAUACAAACCAGCGUCUCCAAAUGCUUGCGGAAGACCUUUACAUACAAUAUUCCUCGAAGCACGAGCAGAAAGUCAAAAUGCUAAAGAAAAGCUACGAAACAAAAUACCAAGAGUCAAUGGAUAAGCUUCAGCUAGAGAAUUCUGCACUUGCAGACGAAGUUGCACAAUUACAGAAAAAAAUGGAGAUAGAGCGUCGUGAAAAACAAGAACUCAUCAACCUCCUCGACAAAUAG